AUUGUGUAUGUUAAACAUAAGUGUCAACCGGGGGUGUGGUGUUGUAGUUGAUUAGUUUAAAUAAACUUCGCCGACUGUUUUAAAAAAUGUCUGCUACGUUAAAACCAUAUUUAACAGCAGUUCGUCACACAUUAACUGCCGCUAUGUGCUUGGAUAAUUUUUCUUCUCAAGUUAUAGAGCGGCACAACAAACCAGAAGUAGAGGUUAGGACUUCUAGAGAACUUUUGCUCAAUCCCGUUGUAAUAUCUAGGAAUGAGAAAGAAAAAGUGCUUAUAGAAUCAUCAGUAAAUUCGAUAAGAAUAAGUAUAGCAGUAAAGCAAGCGGACGAAAUUGAGAAAAUUCUCUGUAAGAAAUUUAUGAGAUUUAUGAUGAUGAGAGCAGAGAACUUCAUCGUGCUCCGUAGGAAACCAAUAGAAGGUUAUGAUAUUAGUUUCCUUAUUACCAAUUUUCACACAGAACAAAUGUACAAACACAAAUUAGUUGAUUUUGUUAUACAUUUCAUGGAGGAAAUAGAUAAGGAAAUAUCUGAAAUGAAGUUGGCAGUGAAUGCAAGAGCAAGGAUUGUGUCUGAAGAAUUUUUAAAACAUUUUUAAUGUUGAUUGUACAGUGUUAAAAUAGGUGCUAAUAACAGAUUUCAUACAUUGAAUUUUUUGAACCACAAAUUCGUCAGUAAAGUGAAGCAAGGAUAGAUUUUAAUAGUGAACAUAGUCGACAAUAUUCAAACAUAAUUAUUACGAACGAUAGGUAUACACACCUAUAUAGCUUUUCUUCGUUUUCAAUUGGAAAAAAAUAGAUUUGCCCGAUAAAACUCGUGUGAACAAAUUAGUAUUUAUUGAAAUUUUUCCUGUGUAUUUUCAAAGUUAUUGUGAUGAGCAAUAAAAAAAUAUUUGUAAAUUAUGACCCAUGUUAUUUUCUAAUUUAUCAAAAGUAGAUAUUUUUAAGCUUUUAAUACACAGAAGUAAGUUUGUAAUUGAGAGACUGCAACUAAAAUAUUUAUGAACUUAUUUCUAUGCAAUUGCUAUAAUGUAUAAUUUUUAUAUUAUUUUUAUUAAAUAGUAUUUUAUAAUAAUCUA